UGGCACAGUGAACCUGUUUUUGGAAUCAAGUUGUCUUUAAAAAAAAUCUUUCAUGUAACUGAAGAACCUGUCUCAUGUUAUUGGCUUGUAACCUAACCCCAUUAUACUGAUACUUAUAUUAUUAUGGCAUAAUACGGGUUUUCAAUCCAUGGGGGGUCUCAAGUUACUUGUUUACGACUUUAAGAGGUAUAUAUAUGACCUUGCGAUUGAAUGGUUCACUGGUAAAAUAUAUCGUAGUAUAUAUCAAAUCCAUCAAAGGCGUAUCGCACUGAACCCUGCCCUCUUCCUCACUUUAACCUCCCCGAGACCGCAAAGGAAUAUCAACGACAUUGUUACUUUAGGCGGAAUAAGUCGAAGCAGGUUGAGCAGCUCGUGCAGCUCGUGGCAAUCAUUUCUCAAUGUCAAAUAUCUGGGAAAAUAUUACAAUUUGCAUCUGCAUUGAGCUUACUCCCGACAGUGAUGAUUUCUGUUUUUUAACCGUCGUGACCACCGCUCUCCUCAACAUGUACUAACCUCCAAUUCUGCAGAUGCAGUUCUUCGUUGGCUAUUUUGUGAAAAGCAUUGGCAAAUAUGGAAUGUGAGAUCAAGGAUCAUUCCGACUGCCAAAACUCUUCGCACGCAGGUUCGCAGGAUUCAGUGACGUUAACAACAGAACAAACCUUUGUUAUCUGGGCACUUACGACUAUGUACGAACUGUUAACGAAGUACACUUGGAUGGCUCCAGUAAUCAUAGGCGUUCCAGGAAAUAUUAUAUCAAUCAUGAUCACUAAUAAAAAAGCGAACAGACGUAUUUCGUCGUGUAACUACAUGACAGCUCUGGCUAUGGCAGAUACAAUGACGCUGAUAUCCGUCACCUGGGCCCUGACGCUGAUGCAUUGGGGAUACACUGAUGAACUCCCGCGAAGAAAUAGGGAGUUCCUCUAUCAGUGGAUCUGGUACGUCAUCUACCUAUUCGCCAUCCUCUCUGGCCUAUUCCUGGCAGAGAUGUCUAUUGACCGCCUAAUCGCCAUCAGAUUCCCGAUGUCAGCCGUAAAGUUUUGUACCAGGUUCCGAGCUUGGAAGACAAUCAUAUUUACCACUAUACUCAUCACUGUUCUCAAUGCUAACGUGUUCUGGACAUAUGCAUAUUCAAUGGACGAGGAACUAGGAACAGACACCAUGCGAGCAUCAGUUCCUGAGUAUCCAGGAGUCGAAGCCCUUGCUGUCGGCUUUCAACUCGGCUUCGGCACCUUCAUUCCUUUUUCCGUUAUCAUCUUCAGCAACAUGUGGAUCGUAAUAACGGUACACGAAGCGAACAAGGAGAGAGAGGUAAUGGAGACCAGCCAGUCCCAGGGGAAAAAGAAACGCAACAAGGACACCAAGUACCUGACGCGGAUGUUAAUACUGGUCAGUAUCGCAUAUGUGGCAUUGUCCAUGCCUUACAGAUUGUAUGACGCGAUCCUAAACUUGCCUGCCUUGAAAAAGUUCUAUAACAUGAGAGAUAUAUAUUGGAUUUUGCGUUAUGGCGUGGAAUACUGUACAAUUAAUGAGGUUUGGUAUCUUAACUUUGGUAUCAAUUUCUAUCUGUAUUGUAUUGGUGGAGGACGCAAGUACAGGAAAGACGUCAAGACCGUGUUAAGGGAGGUGUUUGAGAUGUGUGGUUGUGUGAAACCGGUCCCUACUGCCACCAUCAUGUCUCUGCAAACGAGGACGUCAGCUAUCAAAAGCACCUGAUACUCCUUAAGAACUAUGAAUCGUCGCCAAUAUCAGCAGAAGUUGGAACAAAAAAAAGUACGCCAUACAUGAUUACCUCUCACAUCUUUUCACCCUUCUUUAAGUGAUGGUGGACUAUUUGGUGCCUGAUUUGCACGACGUAAAUGCUGCGAUACGAGACGAUAUUCAAAAGGCAGUGUAGUCUUAAGUUAUAGUGAAUGCGUCUGUACUUGCGAUAUUUUCUAAGUGACUGUCGCUUCUGUCACACCAAAACAGCCACGCCUGUCAGCGCUCUCCCCAAUUCUAAUUAUCAAAGGCACCGUGCUUAUGGUUGUUUAUCCAACUAACCGGAGCUCACAAUGGCUGCUUGUUGGACAGGUGCAGUAUUGGACACAACAUAAUAAAUCCCCAAGUCAAACUUUACCAACGGAAGAUCAAUAUGGUUGUUAGAGUCGUUCCCUGACUUAGUUAAUAGGGAGAGACGCGAGGGCUUCCAGCUCGAUGCCACGGGAUAUCAAGACU